GUUUAAGUUAAUUUCAACGUCACAGUUUGAAAAAAAUCUCUCUCCCUCUCUCUCAUUCUUCCGCGUUGGUAUGUUCUAAACAGUCGAUCAUGAGAAAACAAAAUCUCAACUUCCCUCACGAAUCAUCGCUCAUGGAUGCUUCAUCCAACUCGUCAAUGGACGCAAAGCAGAUCAUCGACUCACUCACUGCGCAUAUCUCUCUCUAUAACUCCUCCUCCUCCUCCCGCUCCGUCCCCGGAAACCCUAAUCCCAGAUCGCAAAUCCUCAAAUGGUUCUCCUCUCUCACCGUCCACCAACGCCAAUCCCACCUCACAAUCGUCGACCAGAAGUUCGCCCAGAUUCUGCUCCAGAUGCAACGCAAGCUCCGAUCGAACGGCCACGGUUUCUUCAUCAUCCUCCCCGAUAUACCCUCGAAUGACGGGCUUCCAAGUCUCUGCUACCGGAGGUCCCAUGGCGUUCUAGCCAGGGCUAGCGAGUCGAAUGAGUCGGAACGGUUGGUGUAUGACUCGAUUCGGUUGUUUAAUUCGAAGGAAGGGGAGAAGGUCGAUGAGUGUUCGUGCUCAGCCGACUGCCUCGAUUCGGUCGUGGUGUGUGAGGGGUUUGUGGAAAAUGUGGAUGGUUUUGUGGCCGCGAUGGAUGGGGUGUCCAAUGCGGCGUUUUUGAGGGGGGAGGAAAGUGGGUUGGGCUUGGAUUGGGUUGAAUUGGAAUGGUUGAAGGCCAAAGGCUAUUACAGUAUUGAGGCAUUUGUGGCGAACAGGUUGGAGGUGGCAUUGAGGUUGGCAUGGAUGAAUCUGAAUAGUGGCAAGAAGAGGGGGGUGAAAUUGAAAGAGAAGGCCAGCACAGCAGGCGUGGCAGCCAAUGUCUAUUGGAGGAAGAAGGGUUGCUUGGAUUGGUGGGGUAAAUUGGAUGCUGCAACGAGGAGGGAAGUAUUUCGAGUGGCCUUGGGAAAAUCAGCCAAAUCCCUGACAGCUGAAAUCUUGAAGACGGGAACUAAUACCUCUGAGGAUCAAAUAUUGAUCUUUGGUUCAGGAGUGGAAAGGUUACAGAGAUUCAACUAUACCUUGUCGUCACAGCAGACUGUAGCCACAUCCUCAGGAGUGGUUUGCAGUCCUGCUUCAGCCUCUGGGAAGACUUCUUCAAUAACCUAUAUGAUCCAUGGUUUGUAUGUUCUUCAGGAGAUUAUCACUAUUUUAUUAGCAUGUCAACACAGUGAAUUCGAUAAGGAGAGAGUAUUUCUUAGUUCUUUGGCUUCCAUCAGCACCAUUUCCGAUUUUAUAUUUAGGAAGCUGCGAGGAUUGCUCAUGGUUAUUUCACUUGAUUGUACCAAACUUGAGCUACUAGAAGGAAAUUCGAACUUUCCCACAAAGAAAUCCAAAGAGAAAAUCAGUGCAGCUACCCGGAGGAAAAAGGGUGGGUCCCGCAAUAUGAAAAGGUUAAAUCCUAUUCCAAUAGCCUCCAGAGACGAUAUUGGACUCAAUAAAGCUGCCAAGUCCAGAAGGAUGAUCCAGGAUCAUGGGUAUGGCUUGCCCCAUACUAAGGUUGGUGACAUUGUCAAGUCAAAUUGGAUGGCUGGUACACUUCAGAAGAAGGGUCCAGAUACAGAGAUUCCUUCUUCAGCAGUUGUCAUGGUUGGACCUACUGAAGGAUCAGUCCGCAAAAAUGUCCAAAGUGGUUCCAGGAAGUGUAAGAAAGAGAGCAAUGAAGUCAAGAAGUUUGGUUUAAAUGAUCCUAAAGUUGGAACUUGUCAAACCAGAGGCUCGAGAAUUUCCUCUUCCUCCCAAGUUGAGGCUGCAAAAUCUGAUUCAGUAUCUGAAAAUUCUGUUAUGCAGAACAUAGCAAAUAAUGUUUCAACUGGUAAUGACAAACUUUUGCCUUUGAGCCCUUUUACUGGUGGGCCUAUGGGAGAGGACAAGCUGGUCCAAAGCAAUGAAGAAGACUACUCUACAUCGUCACAAGGGCCCAUUGAAGAGCAGCCCAGUGGAUCUGCUGAAGGUCCCAUUGAUACUGGUUUGGACCAUUACUCAGACAGAGUGAAAGAAUAUCACUCUACAUCUUCCAGUUCUGAAAUUAUGAAUAAUACGGUGGACUCCAGCAUAAUGUCUCCACAUAUGCUUGUGGUUGGAUCUGGUGAUGUUAUCUGCACUGAAGAUAAGGACCAUAGGAAUUGUGGUCAUGUAAGUGAAACAGACUCUACGUCACUGUUGUCUGAUGUAAGAACGAAAGCCAUUGAUUCAGAGGAGGAAGUUACACCUAUUCAGGAGCAGAAGAGUAGAAGCAUUUAUGACACUCAAUCCAUAAAUUCUUCAGGAUGCCCUUCUUAUGAGUGGCCCAGGGUUUAUCCUCUGCAUUUUCCGUCCAUUAAUUCACACCUCCCUCCUGCAACUGAUAGAUUACACCUGGAUGUUGGCCACAACUGGCAAAAUCACUUCCGUCAAUCUUUUGUACCAACAUUGCAUCAGGUGAGAAAUACUGACAAUGGAUGCAGCCGGAUUCUGUCUCGACAAUUGCCAAUGAGUCUAGACUGGCCACCAAUGGUACGUAAUGGCUAUGGAUUAGCUCCGACAGUUGCUUGUAGUCAUGAUUCUGGGUUUAUCUCGAGGCGGCAAUCUUUUCACCAGGGUUUCACUGCCCAAAACAUGCAACACAAUGUCUCAGCCACUGAUGAUGAUAGGAUAUAUUCUAGGGAUUUUGUCGAUUUGUCUGAUUUGACAAAUUCUCAAGAACUAAUAGAUGAACAAGAUAACCACUGGAUAUCUGAAGAAGAAUAUGAGGUUCAUGCAGUUUCUGGGAUGGAUUACAGCCAGUACUUCGGUGGUGGUGUGAUGUACUGGAACCCUUCUGAUCACCCAGGGACGAGCUUCUCUCGUCCUCCUUCUCUUAGUUCUGACGAUAGUUCAUGGGCUUGGCGAGAAGCAGACAUGAAUAGGGCUGUUGAUGAUAUGGUUGCCUUCUCUUCGUCUUACAGUACAAAUGGAUUGACUUCUCCUUCUGCUGCUUCAUUUUGUUCUCCUUUUGAUCCUUUGGCAACAGGACACCAGGCUGUUGGUUUUGUUAUACCGGGGAGCGAGGUAACUGGAAAAUUACUGCAUUCCUCUUCAGCAGUGACAGAUUCAACAGCUGAGGAGAAUGUCUCUGGAUCUUUGUCAAGUUUACCUGGUGAUAGUGAAGUGAAGACAGGAGAUUCACUUCCUUACCCCAUUUUGCGACCCAUUAUCAUCCCAAACAUGUCACGGGAAAGAUCAAGAUCUGAAUUUAAGCGUAGUCAUGAUCUUAAAAGCCCAUGUGUCCCUCCUAACAGGCGGGAGCAGCCUCGAAUCAAGAGGCCACCUUCACCGGUAGUGCUUUGUGUUCCACGUGCUCCUCAUCCACCUCCACCAUCUCCUGUUGGCAAUUCCAGAAAACAUAGGGGCUUUCCAACAGUUCGAUCUGGUAGCUCCAGCCCAAGGCACUGGGGUGUGAGAGGUUUGUUCCACGAGGGCAUUAGCUUUGAGGAAGCCUGCGUACGCAUGGAUGGUAGUGAAGUAGUUUGGCCUUCCUGGAGAAAUAAAAGCCUAUCUGCCCAUGCAAUGGUUCAGCCUGUACCAGGGUCUCUGCUGCAGGAUCGUCUGAUUGCUAUGUCCCAGUUAACUCGUGACCAGGAACAUCCAGAUGUUGCACUUCCUCUACAACUACCUGACUUACUGAAUUGUCCAAAUCGUAAAGCUUCUCUGUCAUUGAUGCACAGCCUCCUACAUGAUGAAAUUGAUAACUUCUGCAAGCGGGUUGCGGCAGAGAAUUUGAGUAGGAAACCUUACAUAAAUUGGGCUAUAAAGCGGGUUGCUCGUUCUCUGCAAGUUUUAUGGCCCCGUUCUAGGACAAACAUAUUUGGUUCAAAUGCAACUGGGUUGUCCCUUCCAUCAAGUGAUGUGGACCUUGUGGUUUGUCUCCCUCCAGUGAGGAACUUGGAGCCCAUUAAAGAAGCUGGAAUUUUGGAGGGACGCAAUGGUAUUAAGGAAACUUGCCUCCAGCAUGCAGCUAGGUAUCUUGCUAAUCAAGAGUGGGUUAAAAGUGAUUCUCUGAAGAUAGUAGAAAAUACUGCUAUCCCUAUCAUCAUGCUUGUUGUGGAAGUUCCUCGUGACCUUGUUACCCCUGCAGCUUCCGCUAUAUCAACAGUAAAAGAACUCACGGAGGAGAUCACUGAGGGAGCCAAUAACUUCAGGGCUAAUCUGGUUAAUUCAGAAGCCUCUUCUUCACUGAAGUGUUCCAAUAUGAAUAAUGGUGAUGGCAAAGAUAUGAAGUCAAUUCGUAUUGACAUCAGUUUCAAGUCACCAUCACACACAGGGCUUCAAACUACUGAACUGGUUAAAGAGCUAACUGAGCAAUUUCCAGCUGCUACACCUCUUGCUUUAGUAUUAAAAACGUUCUUGGCAGAUCGUAGUCUUGACCAGUCCUAUUCGGGUGGCUUAAGUUCAUAUUGUUUGGUGUUACUUAUCACACGUUUUCUUCAGCACGAAUAUCAUCAUGGACGGCCUAUCAAUCAAAACUUUGGGAGCCUUUUGAUGGACUUCUUUUACUUCUUUGGGAAUGUUUUUGAUCCUCGCCAGAUGUGUAUUUCAGUACGAGGGAGUGGAAUAUACAUAAAUAGGGAAAGAGGAUACAGCAUUGAUCCAAUCUACAUCGAUGAUCCCCUUUUUCCAACUAAUAAUGUGGGCCGUAAUUGCUUCCGAAUACAUCAGUGCAUCAAGAGCUUGUUGCAGGCAUUUGCAGAUGCUUAUUCCACUCUAGAGAGUGAGCUUAAAUGUCUUCCCAAUACUGGUGAAUCAACUGCAAGGCCUGUGUAUAAUUUACUUCCAAAAAUUAUUCCAAGCAUCGGUCUUUCAUAGGGACAUCAAUUAGCUGAAGAAUCUCUAGAUAUUUGAAAGGCUCAUACUUGCAGUUGGAAUUGUGACGCUAGUCGGUGAAAAAAGUUUCAUUGACUGGUUGAAUUUGGCAUCUUAUUCCUUGAAGUUGCACGGAUUUUAGUCCAAAUCUUAACAAAGAGGGUUUCCUAACAAGUCGACGCUGUUGUUAGAAGUUGGAUGACUCCAGAGUCAUGUUGCUGUGCACGUGCCAGACGUUUAGCCACACCCCUACAAGUGAUGGUGGUGUGGUGGAUGAUCGUUGAAAAUGUUACAUGCAGUGAAUGCACCGAAGAUGUUGAACCAUAUUCCAAGGUCUAGACAUUUAGGGCCGGGGCACAGCUGGUUUGAGUCGUAGGCCCGCCCGCCCGCCCUGGAGUUUCCGUUGCUUGUCGAAUUGGACUCAUGGUUAACUAUGUCCGAUUAUUCAAGUGAAGCCUGUGGCGUUGAAUUCCGUAUCACAUGGAGAAUUGGAUUGCCAUGCUGCCGCCGCUGAAGAAAUUUCUUAUAUCACUGGCAAGUUGGUUGCACCUGUAUGCUGCGACUGCGGCCGUCUUCUGUAAGUUUAAUUAAUUUGUGCGUUUGAUUGAUCGUUGAGUAUGAUGGUUGUUUAUGUUUGUGGCCUUUUUAUAUUGAACCAGUGUCUCUCUCUCAACGGUCAAAUAAAUUUGAUUAGCGUGCUUGUGUUCCUAA